CGAAAUAAAUGGCGCCUGCGGAAACCAAGCUAAAACCCUAAUCUCCAGGCCCCUAUCCAUGGCUUCUUCCCUCUCUCUCAAGCCUUGGUUCCCCUCUCGCUGCGCCGGUUCAACCCACUACAGCUCUUUUCUUGGGAAUUUCCCAAAAAAUUUUGAGGUUAAGAGGGAAUCGAGUUUAGGGGGAAAGCUGUUUUUGUUUUCAAAGAAAUUGAAACUUUGUUGUUCAACGGACAGAGAAAUGGACGUGAGCACCUCAGCUUUGGCUGAUGGCAUGGUGGAGCGCUUGAGGGAAUUGGAUGUUAAGGAGCCUAGUAUGUCAACAUUAUUGAUGAAUUUUCAGAAUGAGUUUGAUCCUUAUGAUGCAAUGAGUACACCACUUUACCAAACAGCAACUUUUAAGCAGCCUUCAGCAACUGAAAAUGGUCCCUAUGAUUAUACAAGAAGUGGAAAUCCAACACGAGAUGCUCUGGAAAGGCUCCUGGCCAAGCUUGAUAAGGCAGAUCGAGCAUUUUGCUUCACCAGUGGAAUGGCUGCUUUGUCGGCUGUCACUCAUCUUCUAGAAACUGGUCAAGAAAUUGUUGCUGGAGAUGAUAUAUAUGGUGGUUCUGAUCGUUUGUUAUCUCAAGUAACUCCAAAAGCAGGAAUUGUCAUAAAACGAGUGAAUACAAGUGAGAUAGAUGAAGUUGCAGCUGCUAUUGGCCCCCAGACAAAGCUUGUGUGGCUGGAGAGUCCAACGAACCCUCGACAACAAAUUUGUGAUAUUUGUAAAAUUGCUGAAUUAGCUCAUGCACAUGGUGCCCUUUUGUUGGUUGACAACAGUAUUAUGUCCCCUGUAUUAUCACAACCAUUGGAACUUGGAGCAGACAUUGUGAUGCACUCAGCUACUAAAUUUAUAGCUGGACAUAGUGAUGUCAUGGCAGGUGUUCUUGCAGUUAAAGGAGAGAGGUUGGCAAAACAGUUGUAUUUCCUGCAAAAUGCAGAAGGCUCUGGCUUAGCUCCGUUUGACUGUUGGAUCUGUUUACGUGGCAUUAAGACCAUGGCUCUGCGUGUCGAAAAACAACAGGAAAAUGCACAAAAGAUUGCAGAGUUCCUUUCUUCUCAUCCUCGAGUUAAGAAAGUUAACUAUGCUGGUCUUCCUGGUCAUCCUGGACGUGAUUUACAUUAUUCUCAGGCAAAAGGUGCAGGAUCUGUGCUUAGCUUUUUGACAGGUUCAGUGCCACUCUCAAAGCAUAUUGUUGAGACUACUAAGUACUUCAGUAUUACAGUCAGUUUCGGGAGUGUGAAAUCCCUCAUUAGCCUACCAUGCUUUAUGUCCCAUGCGAGUAUACCAGCUGCGGUGCGUGAGGCAAGAGGUCUAACUGAAGAUCUUAUUCGCAUCUCAGUAGGAAUCGAGGAUGUAAAUGACCUGAUUGCUGAUUUGGACACUGCACUUAGAACUGGUCCUUUGUAGAUGCUAGGAUGAUGCUUAUGUUGAAACCCUCAAAAUGGUGAGGAAUAAAACGAAGAUUUAAGACCUUGUUUGACAUUAAGACCAGAUUAUAUUUUAGCUUAUUUUCAGUUAUCUGGUGCUUGUUUAGAUUCGAGUUUGUUACAAAAUGUAUGGCGCAAGGCUUAAACCUCAAGGAAGAUUAGUGCAGGUUCAGGUAGCAGAGAUAUUUUUUUGUUAAUCGUUUACUGUAAUUUCAUAAUGUUGCAUCCCUGAACAAAGUUCUUAAUUUGGCAAAUUUAAUGUUUUAAAACAU